GUGGCCACAUUGACUUUCAUUGCAACCAGGGCCCAGCACGACCACUUUAAACCUUUCAUUUGCAUUCACGUCGGCCUGCAUACUGCCAAUUCCUAUUUGUAUGCCGAUUUUUCACUAGACGUCAAUAGGCGAACGUUGAAAAUUAGCAGAUCUGCUCCGGAGCGUCGUUUUCCAACGGACUGCACACAACACCAUGGCGCCUCGUCGCUCGCUUCCUUCGCUUGCGACUCUCCUCGGAGGUGCAUUCCUUCUUUCGACAAAUGUUCUGGCGGCUGGAGCUGUCUUGGGUGUUGAUCUGGGAACAGAGUACAUCAAGGCAGCGCUGGUUAAGCCCGGUAUUCCCCUCGAAAUCGUCUUAACCAAAGACUCCCGACGCAAAGAGACAUCUGCGGUUGCACUCAAGCCUUCCAAGGGUGGUGCUAAGGAUGGCGAGUACCCCGAAAGAGCUUAUGGCGCCGAUGCCAUGGCUCUCGCUGCUCGCUUCCCUGGCGAAGUGUACCCCAACCUGAAGACUCUCCUCGGUCUCCCUCUUGACCACCCAAUCGUUAGCGAAUACGCCAGCCGCCACCCCGCUCUUCAGAUCGAGUCCCACGCUGGCCGCCAGACGGCCGCGUUCAAGACCAAUACUCUGACUGCAAACCAGGACGCCUGGAUGGUGGAAGAGCUAUUGGCCAUGGAACUUCAGAGUAUCCAGAAGAACGCCGAGUUGACCGCUGGCGAUGGCUCGUCUGUCCGAUCCAUCGUCCUGACUGUCCCUCCAUUCUAUACUACGGAAGAGAGACGCUCUAUCCAGUUGGCUGCUGAGCUCGCCAACCUGAAGGUUUUGUGUUUGAUCAGUGACGGAGUUGCUGUUGGCCUCAACUACGCCACUAGCCGUCAAUUCCCUAACAUCAAUGAGGGCGCUAAGCCUGAACAUCACUUAAUUUUCGACAUGGGCGCUGGUUCUGCUAGUGCUUCUAUCAUCAAGUUCCAGAGCCGUACUGUUAAGGAUGUUGGCAAGUACAACAAGACUGUUCAGGAAGUUCAGUCCCUUGGCAGUGGUUGGGAUCGCACUCUCGGAGGUGAUGCCCUCAAUUACUUGAUUGUUGACGACAUGAUUUCCCAGUUUAUUGAGUCCAAGGGAGCCCAGAAGAUCGGAGCUACAGCUGAGGCUGUUAGAGCCCACGGACGUGCCAUUGCAAAGCUUACCAAGGAAGCUGAACGUGUCCGCCAUGUGCUCAGUGCUAACCAAAACACUGGUGCUAGCUUCGAGGGCCUCUACGAAGAUGUCGACUUCAAGUACAAGAUCACUCGCGCAGACUUUGAAACAAUGGCCGAAGAUUACAGCAACCGUGUUGCUACAGUUAUUGGUGACGCUCUCAAGAUGGCUGGACUCGAUGUUGUAGACUUGGACUCCGUCAUUCUUCAUGGCGGCGCCACCAGAACUCCUUUCAUCCAGAAAGCUCUUGAGAAGGCUGUUGGUUCCGCUGACAAGCUCCGCUCCAACGUCAACUCUGACGAGGCCGCUGUUUUCGGAGCUGGCUUCCGCGCUGCUGAGCUCAGCCCCAGCUUCCGUGUCAAGGAGAUCAGAAUCUCGGAUGGCCCCAUGUACGCUACUGGGAUCAAGUGGACUGGCUCCAAUGGCAAGGCUCAACGCCAGCGCCUCUGGACUGCUGUCUCGCCCAUUGGUGGUACCCCCAAGGAAAUGACCUUCACUGAGCUUGCCGACUUUAGCGGCUCCUUCUACCAGCAGGUUGGCGAUGAGGACAAGGAAGUCAUGACAUUUGCUACCAAGAACCUCACUGCUACUACCGCCGCCCUCAAGGAGAAAUACCCAUCUUGUGUUGACUCCGAGAUUAGCUUCAAGGUAUCCCUGAAGUUGAGCGGUGACAAUGGUGAGGUAGCAAUUGCCAAGGCCCAUGUAGAGUGUGAGGCUGAUGCCUCCAAGGAGGGCUUUGUCGACGGUGUCAAGAACCUGUUUGGCUUCGGUAAGAAGGAUGAUGAGAAGGCUGACGACAGCAGCGCCGAUUCUACCAAGUCCUCAACAGCUGCCAGCGCCAAGGCUUCCGGAUCAAGUGGCUCAUCAAAGGCAUCUAGUAAGGCCUCAGGCGAUAAGGUCAAGGCCGGCGCCAAGGCCGAGGUCCAAGACGAAAAGAAGAAGGAGCUUGUUAGCAUUAGCGUUGCCAUUGACUUGGAAAAGUCUGGCCUCGCGGAUCUGAGCAAGACCGAGUCAGCCAAGUCCAAGGACCGAUUGAAGGCCUUCGCCGCAUCUGACAAGGCCAGAUUCCAGCGAGAGGAAGCUUUGAACCAGCUCGAAGCCUUCACCUACAAGAUCCGCGAUCUUAUUGAAAACGAAGACUUCGUUGCCAAAUCGACUGAGGCCGAGAGAGACGAACUUUCCAAGAAGGCUAGUGAGACUAGUGAGUGGCUCGAUGAGGAAAGCUUCGAAGCUGGACUCGAGGACUUCAAGUCCAAGCUGAAGACGCUCAAGGACCUUGUCAAGCCAAUUCAGACCCGUGUUGAUGAGUCUGAGAAGCGACCCAAGCUUAUUGCCUCUCUUAAGGAUGCAAUGGACCAGGCUGACAAGUUCAUUGCCAAUGUCCAUGAACAAAUCGCUGAAUUUGAGAAGGCCAAGUCUAAGGCCGCAACUGAGUCUACUUCUACCACAUCCGGUGCUACUGAGAAAGCUACUGGAGAUUUCGAAGGUCUUGAAGAUGAAGAUGCCAAAACUGACUCCACUGAGCCUGUUGAAGAGCCUGAGGAGGAAAAGGGUCCUAUUGAGCCCCUCUACACCAGCGAAGACGUUGUUGAGUACGAAAAGGCUCUCAAGUCGACUCGCGACUGGCUCACCGAGACUGAGGCUAAGCAAGUGGCUUUGGCCGAGACAGCUGAGCCUAUUCUGCUUGUCAAGGACCUUAACGCUAAGCGUGAGGUUCUGGAGAAGCACGGCAUGGAUCUUGCCUUGAAAGGCGUCAAAUUCUUCGAAGAGAAGACCAAGAAGGCCGCUAAGGAGAAGAAGGCUAAGGAAGCCAAGGAGGCCAAGGCAAGGAAGGCCGCUAAGGCUAAGGCUAAGGCUGAGAAGGAGCAGGCCGAGAAGGAAAAGGCCGAGAAGGAGGCUACUGACGAGACGUCUGAGAAGCCUACGGACGAAAAGGAGGCUGAGCCCGCCACUCACGAUGAGCUGUAAAGAUAAUGCGCAGAUAAACAUGUACCAACGUUUCUUCAGAGUUUUGUUUUUUUCUUAGAUAAGGUCAGGAGUACAUAGACAAAUCAUUCCAACCUAGCACAUGGUUUCAAUCUGAUCAUCAUUAAAUAUGGCUGUGUUCAUCAUGACAAUGUCUUUGCUUCAUAAACAACCCGCCCGUUCUGUCUGUCUUGCGGAUUUGCCAGCACAACAGGGAAGAGAUAAUUGGCCCCGUACGCUCGGGCCGGUAGCCAUGUUUGGUUUACGAUAAAAGCGCUGUUUUUACCCUCUUACUGAUGACAUGGUAGUUACAGAUAUAUGGUGGGAUCUCGUAUUUGAUUCGUUUCUGAGGUUUCAAAUGUUGCUUCACAUAUCGCC